GUUCUUCACCCAACGAAGUCACCAAUCUAGUCUCCUACCCGCCACCCUGCCAAACAUCUAUAGUCCCGCAAGCCCCGCAAGCGGAGACUACCAGCCCUUGCGAGGAGUCCACCUCGACUCUUCACCCUGUGGUCCCUACGACGACCAAGUCUCCUCCUGCCAAACUUCUACAAACAAAGUAUUCCCUACCUAAUACAAUGCGUCACCUAUCCACCACCCUUCUUCUCUCAACCCCCCUUCUAGCCUUCGCUAAAGACUGUGCCGUCUACUACUCCUUCUCGAAUUCAGCGGUUCAAGAUUAUAAUACUGACCGCAACACCAAAUCUCUUCUAAUGUGUAAAGAUAUUGGUGGUGAUAUCGAGGAAGCUGAGCGGGGCUUAGUAAACGGGGCUAUGCCCUUCGUGUGUAGUGUCUGUCGGGGCGCAAGGGAUUCAACAGCUGACUAUGAAGAGCCUCUAUUUCUGGCACCUGGCGAAUGGGUCACCUUUACAGUGAGAUGUGGAGAUUUUGGGUAUAGGAAAUGCCAUAAGUAGGCGUAGGUAGAUGGAAAGAAGGAGAUGCAUAGGCAAGCUUUAAGAGGAUGGUUAGUAGCUAAAAAGAUUAUACUAUUAACCAACUCUUUUACUAAAGUACCGUACCCCUUUAUACAAAUAUUAAAUCCAUUGCUUAA